GUUUUGCUACUUUCGAACACUGCCGAUGCCUAUGGUUACGCCUGUGUAGCUAGCUACAUGCUAAUUCUCAAAGCGCGCUCAGUUGACCUAUUUUGCAGGUGUUUUACAUGGUGCGUUACCGCUAGCUUUCAUCUCAUUUUUUGAAGACGCUACUCAAUAUGAUGGGUGAACCGGUGGCUGAUAUGUGUGAUCAGCUUGUUAAAGCUGUGAACGUGAUGAUGGACGCGGAAUCUAGCCAAAUAUAUCGCUUGGAGGCCCUAAAGUUUUGUGAAGAAUUCAAAGAGAAGUGUUCCUUCUGUGUCCCAUGUGGGCUACAGUUGGCAGAUAAAACUCAAACAGCAGUGGUGAGGCACUUUGGUCUACAGAUACUGGAGCACGUCAUCAAGUUCAGAUGGAACAACAUGCCACAGCAAGAGAAAGUCCAGCUGAAGAACUGUGCUAUGGGGCUAUUGUCAACUGGCACAUAUCCUAUCCUGGAGGAGGAGAGCCACAUCAAGGACGUUCUCUCGCGGAUCAUAGUGGAGAUGAUCAAGAGAGAAUGGCCUCAGCACUGGCCUGACAUGCUGAAGGAGAUGGAGGCACUCACCAGUGUAGGGGAGGCUCAGACAGAGCUGGUGAUGUUGAUCCUGCUGCGGCUGGCGGAGGAUGUGAUCACCUUCCGGACCUUGCCCACCCAGCGCCGCCGGGACAUCCAGCAGACUCUCACCCAGAACAUGGAGAGUAUCUUUAGCUUCCUGCUCGCCAUCCUGCAACUCCACGUCGACGAGUACCGCAAACUGAAAAGAAUACCUGGCCAAGAAUUGCAGGCCAAGGCCCACUGUCGGGUAGGCGUGGCCACUCUAAACACCCUGGCAGGCUACAUAGACUGGGUUGCCCUGGCAAACAUCACCAAUGACAACUGUCGCCUGCUGGAAAUGCUGUGUCUGUUGCUCAGUGAGACAGAGCUGCAGCUGGAGGCUGCAGAGUGCCUGCUCAUCGCCAUUAGCCGCAAGGGGAAGCUGGAGGACAGGAAACCACUCAUGGUGCUGUUUGAUGACGUUGCCAUGCACUACAUCCUCUCUGCUGCACAGUCUGCAGAUGGAGCAGCAAUAUGCAACAAAUCCUCUCCAACACAGCCAGUGGGGGCGGGGGUGGUGGAGAGACACUACACCUUCCUGAAGAGGCUAUGUCAGGUCCUGUGUGCCCUGGGCAGCCAACUCUGCUCAUUAGUGGGUUCAGAUGUGGAGGUAGAGGUACCAGCAAACCUUAGCAAGUACACAGAAGCGUUCCUGGCCUUCACCACACACCCAAGCCAGUUCCUUAGGUCUUCCACCCAGAUCACAUGGGGAACUUUGUUCAGACAUGAGAUACUCUCCAAGGAUCCUGUCAUCAUCCAGAUGACCAUCAAGUACUUUAGAGCCACCAUGACCAACCUAGUCAAGACUGGUUUCCCUUCCAGCAACGACAGUCCCAGCUGUGAGUACUCCCGUCAUGACUUCGACAGUGAUGAAGACUUCAACUCCUUCUUCAACUCGUUCCGAGCGCAGCAGGGGGAGGUGGUCCGGAAUGCGUGUCGUAUUGUCCCCUUGGAGGCCUUCCAGAUUGCAGCAGAGUGGCUGCAGUAUCAGAUCAGUGCGCCCAUCGAUAUCGGAACCACUGUGUUUAAGACGGCUGAGGGGCUGUGUUCUAUCCUGUCUCCGUCAGUGGUCCAGUGGGAUGCUAUGACCUUCUUUACAGAGAGUGUUGUGGGAAAGAUCUUUAAGAACGUGGAGGAUGAGAAGUUGCCGGUAGACCAGGGCAUUGAGCUGCUACAGGCUGUGUUGAACUACAACACCCAAGACCCUCUCAUCCUGUCCUGUGUCCUCACCAACGUCUCUGUCCUCUUCCCCUUCGUCACACACCGAACUCACUUCCUGCCUCAGGUCCUCUACAAGCUAUUUGCCUCCAUCACAUUCGAGGUGGUAGAGGAGAGUAAGGCACCACGGACGCGUGCGGUGAAGAACAUCAGAAGACACGCCUGCUCCUCCAUCAUCAAGAUGUCUCGAGACUACCCACAAUUCAUUCUUCCGUGUUUUGACAUGAUGUAUAACCACGUGAAGAAGCUGUUCUCCAGCGAGGCUCUGUUGAACAUACUGGAGAAGUGUGCUCUUAUGGAGGCCCUGGUCCUCAUCAGUAACCAGUUCAAAGACUACAAAAAGCAGAAACACUUCCUGGAGGAGCUCAUGGUCACUGUGGUCGCUCGCUGGACCUCCGACGAGAUGAGGCGUGUGCUGUGGGAUCCUGCUCUGUUCCUGGACUUCGUUGGUGCUGAUCAGCUGGUGGCUGAAGGCACAGAACACACAACGGGCAUCAACAGGUCAAGGUUGAGUUUCUGUGUGUACACCAUCCUGGGGGUGGUGAAGAGGGCCCGCUGGCCGGCUGACCUGGAGGAGGCCAAGGCAGGGGGCUUCGUAGUGGGCUACACCCCUAAUGGAGCCCCCAUCUACAGAAACCCCUGCAGCGCCCAGGUCCUGGCACUGCUGCCCAACCUGCUCGCCCUCAUCAGAACCCACAACAGUCUCUUCCUGCCGGAGAACAUGUGUUGUCUGAGUGAGACGUUCUCCAAGGCCUACGACAUGAUAGAGGUGGAGAAGAACAUGGUUCUAGGCCUGCCUCAGCCAGCCCUGGACAUCUAUGACCCUCCAGUGUAUAAGACUCAUCUAGAGCGCAUGCAGGGAUUCUUCUGUACUCUCUACGACAACUGUUACCAUAUCCUGGGGAAGGCAGGCCUAUCAUUGCAGCAAGACUUCUACACUAUUGAGGGAUUGGCUGAACAGAUUGUUGGUUCUGUCUUUGUCUCCCUCGACAACGUGCCUGACCACAGACUCCGCACCAUGCUCCGGGUGUUCCUGAAGCAGCUGGUGGUGUCAUGUCCUCAGGAGUGCUACAACAGUCUGCUCUGCCCCCUGCUGGGGCCUCUGUUCGCCUACAUGCUACAGAGACUCAAUCUCAGGUGGCAGAUCAUCAACCAGAGGAGUACUGUCAGUGGGGAGGAGGAGGAGGACGAGUCGUGUGAGGAGAAUCAGGAGAUGCUGGAGGAGCAGCUAGUUCGGCUGCUCACGAGAGAGGUUCUGGACCUGCUCACUCACGCCUGCAUAAUGAAAAAGGUGUCUGCGCCAGCAGGAAACAAGGAAGAUGUGGAUGAGGAGGAGAUGAUGUCCACUGAGUCCCAGGCAGUCGCUGUCUCCCCUGCCCAGCCAACAGGCGAACUGACGGAGCUGGGGAAGUGUUUUCUCAAACACGAGGACAUCUAUAUGACCUUGUUGACCAUCUCAUUCACCUCUCUGUCCUGGAAGGACACCAGUAACUGUCACCGCAGCGCCUCCAUCGUGUGCUGGACCCUGCUACGACAGGUUGUAGGUGGGAACCUUUUGCCAGAGGCGGUCACAUGGUUCUAUACCAGUGUUCUGAAGGGACUGCAGAUGCAUGGGCAGCAUGAGAUCUGCAACUCAGCCCUCACACAACUGGCCCUGCUUAUGUACGAGAACCUGCGGCCGCGGUACAUGGAGCUAAGAGACGUGAUGACUCAGAUCCCCGACAUCAAUCUGGAGGCUCUAGACCAGUACGACCAGCGGUUGCUGGAGCCCAGCUCCGCUCAGAGGUUGGGAGAGAAGAAGAGGAAAGACCAGUUCAAGAAGCUCAUUGCUGGCGCUGUGGGGAAAGCUCUGGCCCAGCAGUUCAAAAAGGAGGUACAUAUCCGAAAUCUUCCGUCUCUUUUUAAGAAGCCGAAGCCUGAGAAAAGGGACAUUCUGGAGACCAGUGAGAGUGGAGCACUAGCAGCACUCUUCUCCCCAGUGCUGGAUGACAUCUAGGAGCACUAGCAGCACUCUUCUCCCCAGUGCUGGAUGACAUCUAGGAGCACUAGCAGCACUCUUCUCCCCAGUGCUGGAUGACAUCUAGGAGCACUAGCAGCACUCUUCUCCCCAGUGCUGGAUGACAUCUAGGAGCACUAGCAGCACUCUUCUCCCCAGUGCUGGAUGACAUCUAGGAGCACUAGCAGCACUCUUCUCCCCAGUGUUGGAUGACAUCGAGGAGCACUAGCAGCACUCUUCUCCCCAGUGUUGGAUGACAUCUAGGAGCACUAGCAGCACUCUUCUCCCCAGUGCUGGAUGACAUCUAGGAGCACUAGCAGCACUCUUCUCCCCAGUUCUGGAUGACAUCUAGGAGCACUAGCAGCACUCUUCUCCCCAGUGUUGGAUGACAUCGAGGAGCACUAGCAGCACUCUUCUCCCCAGUGUUGGAUGACAUCGAGGAGCACUAGCAGCACUCUUCUCCCCAGUGUUGGAUGACAUCUAGGAGCACUAGCAGCACUCUUCUCCCCAGUGCUGGAUGACAUCGAGGAGCACUAGCAGCACUCUUCUCCCCAGUGUUGGAUGACAUCGAGGAGCACUAGCAGCACUCUUCUCCCCAGUGUUGGAUGACAUCGAGGAGCACUAGCAGCACUCUUCUCCCCAGUGCUGGAUGACAUCGAGGAGCACUAGCAGCACUCUUCUCCCCAGUGCUGGAUGACAUCGAGGAGCACUAGCAGCACUCUUCUCCCCAGUGUUGGAUGACAUCUAGGAGCACUAGCAGCACUCUUCUCCCCAGUGCUGGAUGACAUCGAGGAGCACUAGCAGCACUCUUCUCCCCAGUGUUGGAUGACAUCGAGGAGCACUAGCAGCACUCUUCUCCCCAGUGUUGGAUGACAUCUAGGAGCACUAGCAGCACUCUUCUCCCCAGUGCUGGAUGACAUCUAGGAGCACUAGCAGCACUCUUCUCCCCAGUGUUGGAUG